GCUCUAAAUAAGUUGCUGAAGAGAAUAAAGGUAUUAGAAUAAGAAAAAUACGAGUGAAUUACUUAUAAGAUAAAACUUCAUUCAUCCCCAGCCGAAGAAAUUUGGGGUCAUGGAAUUUGAAAACGUACAGUUACCAAAUUGGUAAAAUUGACCAAAACUAAAAUGGCGUUUACUGUGUUUCGUGUGUGAGUAAACUGGGAAAUUAAAAUAUAAAUGUGUUUUUCAAACAAUACAAGCUGCGCUGCACGUACGAUAUUACUAACUCCAUCAUGCGGAACCUUUAUAUGAUUAUGUCCCAUUCCUACCGAACAAUUUAACACGUUACGCUCGUCACUUCCGGCGGUUGUUUGGCUGCCGUUUCGAAAUGAGAUAGCUGGCUAUAUAAAGUAUACUUUAAAUGCUUAAAUGGCAGGUUUAUUAAAUCCGGAUAAACGCCGUGGAGCAAGGGGAGUUCUGUAGAGAGUACCACGGGAUUUACUUUACUGUGUUGCCACCGUACUAUGUUCAAAAAGAUGACUGAAUUUGGUCCAGAUUCCGGGGGACGAGUUAAGGGAGUAACCAUUGUGAAGCCUAUCGUGUUUGGGAACGUUGCCCGCUACUUUGGGAAAAAGAGAGAGGAGGAUGGACACACACACCAGUGGUCUGUCUACGUGAAGCCUUACAGAAAUGAGGAUAUGUCCGCUUAUGUGAAGAAGAUCCAGUUCAAGCUGCACGAAAGCUAUGGCAACCCACUGAGAGUGGUGACCAAGCCUCCAUAUGAGAUCACAGAGACGGGCUGGGGGGAGUUUGAGAUCAUCAUCAAGAUCUUCUUUAUUGACCCCAAUGAGAGACCUGUGACUCUGUACCAUCUGCUGAAGCUGUUCCAGUCAGACUCCAGUGCCAUGCCGAAGAAGACGGUUGUCUCUGAAUUCUAUGAUGAAAUGAUCUUCCAGGAUCCCACAGCCAUGAUGCAGCAGCUGCUGACCACAUCAAGACAACUCACCCUGGGAGCAUACAAGCAUGAGACAGAGUUCGGUGAGCUGGAGCAGAGGACUAAGGAGAAAAUGGAAGCUGCAAAGAAGAGAACCAGCCAGGAGAUCACAGAGUUAAAAGACAAACUAAAAGCCAGCAGAGAGAACAUCAACCACCUGAAGGCAGAGAUCAGGAAACUGGAGGAGGACGGAGACCAUAAGGAGCACUGAGAAAUGGACAGACACAUCAUACACACACACGGGUGUGAUCAUUUUCUAGACCACAAGCAAUUUUCUUUUUUUAAAAAAGAAAAAUACAAGGCCUCGUUGUGACGUAUUAAGUGAUUACAAAUUUAUUUUGGCUCUUUUUGUUUUACAUGAACACUCAAUAUUACACAGCCCAGUGCAUUGACAAAAUGAAAAUCAGAGCUCUCUACAUGUCUGUCAAUGCUGUCUUUUGUACCAAGACAUUGCUGGAUGAGCUGGUGCUGGUAGGUGACUGGUGAGGUAGAAUGACCAGAAAAAAAUGCCCUGUCAUUUUUAUGGUUAGAUUUUGCAACAUUAGUCUUGUCCAGACAUCUUGUUGUAAUUGAUCCUAUGUUGAUGCAAGGUUCUUCCUUGCAUCCCUGUGAGGUGACCCUGAACAGAGGUCUAAUAAGCCAGAGGCUUUUCCAUGUUAUUCACGCCUUCCUGAGAUAUUCCUUUUUGUGAGAACAGUUUUGAAUAUGAGUGGCCCCUUUGUUUUUUUUUCUACUGAUGUUGUGGUUUUCUAUACAGAAUAAAUAUGCUC